UGACGUCAUCAACGUGUGCUGUGUAUUUGCCAUCGUGAAAGUGCGACACGUUGUGCUAGAAAAAUCAUCGUACGUGGCUUGCCGAGAACAAAAUAAACAAGAAUGGCACCGAAAAAAGUCGAGGAACCCGAAAGAAAGCCACUCAUAGGACGAGUAGGGACUAAUUUAAAAGUUGGUAUCGUUGGAAUACCAAACGUCGGCAAGUCUACCUUCUUUAAUGUACUCACUAAAAGUCAAGCAGCGGCGGAGAACUUUCCUUUCUGCACCAUCGAUCCGAAUGAAAGUCGUGUACCAGUACCCGACGCAAGGUACGACUAUUUAUGCGAAUACUUCAAACCGGCCAGCAAAGUCCCAGCAUUUUUAAACGUAGUGGACAUCGCUGGUUUAGUAAAAGGUGCUGCCGAAGGACAGGGUUUAGGAAAUGCUUUUCUUUCUCACAUCAGUGCCUGCGAUGGAAUUUUUCAUCUUUGCCGAGCUUUCGAAGACGACGAUGUUACUCACGUAGAAGGUGACGUUAAUCCAGUACGAGAUCUGGAAAUAAUUAGCGAAGAAUUACGACUGAAGGACGUCGAGUUUCUGAAUGGUCAUCUUGAGAAAUUGGAAAAAUUGGUUGUUCGUGGUAACGAUAAGAAAUUGAAACCAGAAUACGAUACACUUUUAAAAGUUAAAGGUGUUUUGGUAGACGACAAGAAGCAUAUCAGGUUCGCCGAUUGGAGCGCAAAUGACAUCGAGGUACUCAACAAAUAUCUCUUCCUCACGUCUAAACCAGUUAUUUAUCUGGUUAAUCUUUCGGAAAAGGAUUACAUUCGUAAAAAGAACAAAUGGUUAGUCAAGAUCAAAGAAUGGGUGGAUAAGAAUGAUCCAGGAGCUGUGCUCAUUCCUUUCAGCGGUGCAUUUGAAAAUAAAGUUUUUGACAUGGAAGAACCGGAACGAGCUAAAUAUUUCGAGGAAAACAAAGUCACUAGUGCCCUAGACAAGAUCAUUGUCCAAGGCUACAAAGCAUUACAAUUACAGUACUUUUUUACUGCCGGUCAUGACGAAGUUAAAGCAUGGACUAUUCAGAAAGGUACAAAGGCGCCUCAAGCCGCUGGAAGAAUUCACACUGACUUCGAGAAAGGUUUUAUAAUGGCUGAAGUUAUGAAAUUCGAAGACUUUAAAAAUGAAGGCUCGGAAGCUGGAGUUAAGGCUGCUGGAAAGUACAGACAGCAGGGCCGUAAUUAUGUCGUCGAGGAUGGUGACAUAAUCUUUUUCAAAUUUAACGCUGGUGCUGGACUGAAGGACGCAAAGAAGAAGUGAUGGCACGCGUUCCUCAUGUUGUUGCUCGUCUUUUUGUACAUCAACAUGAUACUGCUCUCCUGUUGCAUGCAUCCACCUCAUGGCAAUCAUUCUCAACCGCUUUCUCAUGUUCCCUGAUUUCAUCUUAAUUUUUUCCCCUUUUCAAUAUAUAUAUAUGUUUAACUUUAAAUAGUGUCGAUGAAAAAAGAUGUCAUACGAGCAAUGUGAAUAUUUUUUUAUUGAUCAAAUGUUUGCUAUACUAAAGGGACUUGUUAUUUCUGUUAUUUUCUAAAUAGCAAAUGAAAUGAAAUAGAAAAACAUGAAAAUUAGUAUCAUCGUCA